AUGAAUGAUGGACUCAACUCUAGUGUCAAGUGCCAUACCCCAGGGCUUGGGUAUCGAGAGCCUUCUGCCGGAAUGCGCGAGUCAUUGCGUCUCGACAAUAAUCGCAUCAGCGACGAGUGCACAAGCCGCCAUCAAAUUUCUUUGCGCAGAGCAACAACUUUGAUGUCAGUACCUAUGAGCGUGGUUGUUGUGUUCACGGUUCAAAAUGGCCUCGGAAAAGACAUCUGGACACUCACACCGGAGCAAAUCAACGAGUUCUUCAAACUGUUCUACAUCGGAGAGCACUUUUACGCAUUCACCGUCAUGUUUGCGAAGACCAAUUUCCUGUUCUUCUACUUGCGCCUAUUUUCCGAUGAAAAGUUUAGGCGCUUGACUUGGGGUGUCAUAUGGGCAUGCGUCAUAUCAGCCGUUUCAUUCCUAGUUGCGACUUCGGUUCAGUGCUGGCCCAUCAGCUACACCUGGACUAAGUGGGAUGGAGAACACCAAGGCCGAUGCCACGAUAUUAAUGUUCAGACUUGGGCCCAUGCAUCGGUCAAUAUUGCUCUUGAUGUUAUUGUAGUAGCGAUGCCCAUUUCUCAAAUCGUCAGGCUCAACUGGCGAUGGAGACAGAAGGUUGGGGCCGGUAAUAUGAUGUUCGCUGUAGCAUUGUUGAUCACCUUUGUCUCCAUUCUGAGACUCAGCUCUAUCAAAGAUUUCAUGAAGACUUCGAAUCCGACAUGUGAGACUAUUUCCGUCGUCUAUUUUUACGACGGAGACGAACAGUUCAACAUUUAA